AUGGCGGGCAACACCUCGGCGGGAGCUGGUGAAUCUUCAGCCCAAGAUCGUAGCGGCAGCCAAGAUUCUGGUGUUUCAGCGCCAAGGGGAGCGCGAACAAACCAGGGCUCGCUUGUCAAGGAGGUGCUGAAGAACUUCACCGUCGAGAAGUUCAAUGGUGAGGGCUAUGAUGAUUGGGCCUGGAAAAUGCAACUGUAUUUCCGUCAGAUCGGUUUGCUGAAACUAAUGAUUGGGGAGGAGCCUAGACCGAGUGACCCUACGCUGCAGGAAGAUUGGGACGAGCGCUCCUCGGCUGGCUACUAUUUGAUGUCGCAGAGUUUGGAGCUGAACCAGCGUCAUCAUGUCAUGCACCUGCUGCCGGAGGUUGAAUGCGGUCCGAAGGCGUGGACCGUGUUGAAGGAGCUGCACGCCCCGACCUCCGUUGUCGCAACGUUGAUGCUGGAGAGGGAGCUGUCCGCGUUGCGCCUGAGCGAGGGAGAGCCCGUACAACCUGUCCUGGACAAGAUGCGCGACCUCUACGCGAAGUUGGCGACCGCGGGAAUCACCUACCCGGAGCAGACCAAGUGCUUGAAGAUGCUCUCGCUGCUGCCUGAAUCGUGGCUUCAAUUCACGAGCGGAUUGAGCCUGCCACAGAACCAGAGCUCGUGGACACUCGAGUGGGUGCGGACAAAGAUUCGGGAGGAGGACUUUCGUCACCGCCAACUGAGGGGUGGAGACGACGGCAGCAGCGGCUAUGGGAUGCAAGGGAGCCGACGUGGCAGAGGACGUGGCUUCGGUGGUGCUGGACGCGGUGCAAAGAAAGACGACGACUCCAACGACCAACAAGGAGGUAUCGGUUGGGGUCGCGGUGCAAAAUCUGGACGUGGGGGCAAAUCGGGUGCUGGUGGCAAAAUGAAAGGGAGUUGCUGGUAUUGUGAGAAGGAAGGGCACCCCUGGUUUUUGUGCUAUAAGAAACCCAAUGGAUGGACCCCCCAGAAUUGUCACCAGGAUGGCGGCGCGCGGAGGAACCAGAAAAACGGCGCCAACAUGGUCGCUGAUUCGUCCGACAACAACCCGAAGGGCAACGGUGGUGCGGAGAAGAAGGAGCGCACCGUGGGCCAAUUCUUCCAUGUGGGAGACAAGGGGGAGCAAGGAGACGCAUCUGCCAAGGUUGGAGCAGAGCUGCACCCCCUGGACUAUUGGGUGUUGGACACGGGCGCUGCUUGGACGAUGACGCCGCGCAAAGACCUGCUGGACGACGUGCGCGCUGCACCGAUCAAUGAGGUGUGCUCCGCCUCUGGACACGCGCUGAAGGUGGCUGGUGCGGGACGAGCUGCGUUCAAGGGAGCGGAUGGCAAGCCGGUGGUGCUGCACGACGUUCUUCUCGUUCCUGAACUCAAGGCCAACCUCAUCUCCCUCCGUAAGCUUGCCAAGGCUGGGGUGAGCACUAGUACGGAUGGGGCACGCACGUACAAGGGGCAGCUAGGAAACCGGGUGCUUUGGGAUCUGCACGAGAGCAAAGACGUGUACAGAUCUAUGUGGCAGCUGCCGGCGCUGGCGUGGCACGGCGGGAGGCAGGCUGGAGAGGGGUCUGCAUCCCAAGGGGAGUGCAACGCUGUUGGAGGGGUUGGUGUGAAAGUGUCGGCCAGAUCUGGGGAGACGGAUUGGGCAACAGCACACCGACGCUUGGGGCAUGUAGCAAUGCCCUUGUUGAAACAAUUGGAGAAGGAUGGAGCCGUUAAGGGGCUGAAGCUGAAUGGACAGCCACCUGAUGAAAAUUGUGAAAUCUGUUUGCUCUCAAAGUUUACCCGUUUCCCCUUCCAUAGUGUGGCUGGCAGGAGCAAAAAGCCUUUGGAGCUGGUCCAUAUGGACUUGGUGGGGCCGCUGCCGGUGCAAGGGCACAAGGGGGAGCGGUAUUUCCUAACCAUAGUGGAUGACUGGAGUAGGCUGAUGUGGGCGUAUCCGCUGAAACAGAAAGAUCACGCCGCCUCCACGAUUCGGGACGAUUGGCUGCCAUUCGUGGAGAAGCAAGCGGAGUGUGUGGUGAAGCGGAUUAGGACAGACCGGGGUGGUGAGUUCCUUGGAGCUGAGAUGACGGCCUGGCUCAAGAAGCAGGGCAUCCAAAGAGAGCUGACCACGGCUUACACCCCACAGUCGAACGGCGUAGCAGAACGGGCGAACCGGACAAUUCUGGAGACAGCUAGGGCGCUGCUCAUAGAAUCUGGGCUGAGCAACUCGAUGUGGCCCCAUGCUGUCCGGCACGCCACCGUCGCUAGGAACAGGGUGCUCACUAAGGUUGGGGAUGACUCGUGGGUGCCGUUGGAGAGGUGGCUUGGGAGGAAGCCGCCGGUGGACAUGCUGAGGGUGUUCGGUUGCAUGGUAGUCGCCCACGUCCCCAAGACCUACCGCAGUAAGUUGGGGGCGAGUGCAAUCUGGUGUGUGCAUUCGGGGCUGGCUGCUGAGAGCAAGGGAUGGCUGCUGUGGGAACCAUCCAAGGGUGUGUUGUUUGACAGCAGGGAUGUGAAAUUCAUUGAGGGCAUGAUGUAUGGGAGCUGGGAGAAACAGCCGGAGGCCCGGGUGUCCCAGCAGAUGGAGCAGAUCACCAUGCAGCUGGACCUGACUCCUAGUGUCUGGGAGGAGGGAGAGAAGGCAGCUGCGGGAAAUGGUGAUGGAGAGAAGGUACAGGAGGCACCUGCUGGUGGAGAAAAUGGUCUGGAAAGUGGCGGCAGCACUAGUGAAGCUGCUGGAUCCAAGGGAGGAGAGCAGCAGCAGGGGAAAACUAAGAAGCCGAAGGGUGUCGUUAUGAAGGGAUGGGAGACACCUGUCUCCAGGCCAGGACGUACCCGUAUGGCUACUAAGAAGCUGACUGCAGGAACUGAUGCAGCAGAGCAGCAGCUAGGGACCGAAGAGGCAUUGCUGAUUCUACCGCAUGGCUAUGACCCGGAUGAGGAGGAUGAGCCUGCGUACUCUUUUCUUGCCCCUGCACCAGAGGAACCAGCUAGCAUGGAGGAGGCAUUAGCUGGACCAGAUAGGGACAAGUGGCUGGCUUCUAGGGAUGCUGAGUACCAGAGCCUGCUGGAGAACGGGACUUGGGAACUAGUGGUGCUGCCUGAGGGAAAGAAAGCGGUACAAUGCAAGUGGGUGCUAAGGAUCAAGACUGACGACAAGGGGCAGGUCACCAUCUACAAGAAUGCAGCUGUUAGUGGGAAAUUCAUCAUUCAGAUGGAUAUUUCAACGGCAUUCCUGAAUGGGAUUUUAGAGGAGGAUGUGUACAUGACGCAGCCGCCUGGGUAUGAGGAUGGUACGGGCAGGGUGUGCAAGCUCAACAAGUCCAUCUACGGCUUGAAGCAGGCGCCACGCUGUUGGUACCAGAAGUUGGCAGCUGUUUUAGAGGAGAUGGGAUUCAGGACCAGCAGCUGUGAUGAGAGCCUCUUUCUCAAGGGCGAGGGGGAGAAGCUGGUGCUGUUUCUGGUCUACGUGGACGACAUUCUUCUCUUCAGCAGCAGCAUGAAGGAGAUCCAGAAAGUGCAGCAGCAACUGAUGGAAAACUUCAAGUGCAAGAACCUUGGGGAGGAGAAGUUCAUCAAGGAGCUGGGGGAGAAGUAUGGGAUUGAGAAUGAGCGCAAGGUUGCAACUCCCCUGCCAGCAGAAUUCAAGCUUGUGAAGGCUGCAGAGGAUGAAGGGGUUGAAGCCGAGGAGCAGCAGCAAUUUCAGUCCUUGGUGGGCAGCCUCUUGUACGCAGCAGUAGUCACGAGGCCCGAAAUCUGUUUCUCGGUUGGGCAGCUGGCUAGGGUGGUGCAGAAUCCAUCAGAGGAGCAGGUGGAUGCAGCUGAGCGUGUGGUGAAGUACCUGAACUCUCACCCAAGCAUUGGAGUUCAAUACUCCGCAUAUGCACAUGUGAAGCAGAAAGGGGUGGAGGUGCUGAAAGAGAAGGGGGAGAGGCUUGGAGAAGGCAAGCUCUUUCUCACUUGCUUUACUGAUGCUACUUGGGCUUCUGAGAAGGAAGAUUCUUCAUCUGUGGGAGGAUACAUCUGCGUAGUUGGGGGUGGACCUGUUAGUUGGAGGUCCAAGAAGCAGACGGAGACGGCACUCUCUUCCGUGGAAUCAGAGUACAUGGCAAUGUUUCAUGGGGUGAAGGAGGUGAUUUGGCUGAGGAGGCUGUUAGAGGAGAUUGGCCAGGAGCAGAAGGUUGCCACACCGCUGUUUUGUGAUAGCAAGGGGGCUCUUGGGAUGGCCAGAAACGCUGUGCUUCAUGGGCUGAACAAGCACAUGCGUAUCAAGUGGCACUGA